AUGGCAGGCGAGCAAAGCGCGUUUGAGAAGACGUUUUCUUUUAGUCCUUUACCCACGAAGAAGUUCUCCUUCCAGCAGGAUGGAGACACCCUGGCGCUUUUCAUGAAAUGGUCCAUGCUGGGGAGGGUUUCAGCUCAGUCUUACAGCUUUGACAGCAACUUCUACCCUUACAGCUGUGAAAAGUUUGCUCUGUGUUUCUUCAGGGACCCCGAAGUGGUUUCCAGUCUGAGAAACCCCGAGACUAAAAUCUGGAUACCUCUUGACAGACCAGUGUUAUCUGUCAGUGUGGAGCUCGUGCCGUGCACUCAGGUCUCCAUGGAGCUGUUCGAUCCCAUCUACUCCUGCGGCAUCCUGAGGCCUUCUGGGCAUGUGGUUAAAUGCUUUCAUGAUUUUAACCCAGACUAUGAUGAACUCAGACAGAUGUUACAGGACGAGGAUUCUGAGCACUACUAUGCAGUCGGGAAAGCGGGACGAGAAGAGUUUCUGUUUCGCCUCUUCAAGCACCUGUGCCUUGGAGGAGAGCUCUGUCAGUACGAGGACACCAUUGACCCCUACAUCAGCACCACAAAGAAAAUAUACAAAGACCUAAUUAGUGUGCAGAAGGAUGCAGACACAAAGAGGAUAAGUGUUGUUUCCACUGUGCUCAAAGUGUGUGCCCAUGACGAGUCUGGACGAUGUUUCCCUGGGAUUCGAGAGGAGGAUCAGACAUUUGCCUAUUUGAUCGUGGACCCUUUGAAACGACACGUGACCUUGUUCUUCCACUUCUACGGUGUGGGAAGCGUCACACUGUGA